AUGACGGCUACGACCUCUAACGCGGAGGCCCAGGCCAUCUCACAACCCUCCCAGAAUGCCCCCAAGAAACCUGAACCUCAACCUCAACCCCAAUUCCAACAUCAAACCGAGAACCUAUUCGCCGCUCUGGUGCCAGAUCAGCAAUUCUUCACCAUCCCCACCUUCACCCUCGAGUCCGGCGAGGUCCUCUACAAUGCCCCCGUCGCAUACACGACGCGCGGUCAGCUUUCGGAAAACAAAGACAACGCUUUAGUCAUAUGCCAUGCUUUGAGCGGCAGCGCAGAUGUCGCGGACUGGUGGGGCCCUCUGCUCGGCGGGCCUGGCCAGGCAUUCGAUGUCACUCGGUUCUUCGUCGUGUGCUUGAAUAGCUUGGGAAGUCCAUAUGGAAGUGCCAGUCCUGUCACGAGCAAGAAUGGGGAUUCUUCGCAGGAGAGAUACGGUCCAGAGUUCCCUCUUACGACCAUAAGAGACGAUGUCAACAUUCACAAGCUGGUCCUCGACCAACUCGGAGUACGACAGAUCGCUUGUGUGGUUGGCGGAUCCAUGGGCGGCAUGCUGACGCUGGAAUACGCAUAUUUUGGCAAAGACUACGUCCGCGCAAUCGCACCCAUCGCCACCUCGGCCACCCAUUCUGCCUGGGGUAUUAGUUGGGGAGAGGCACAACGGCAGGCCAUCUACUCGGAUCCAAAAUAUGACGACGGGUAUUACCCAGUCAAUGACCCUCCCACAGCCGGUCUCGGCGCCGCACGCAUGUCAGCUCUCCUGACCUACCGGAGUCGAGAUUCAUUCGAAGCUCGAUUCGGUCGGAAUGUACCGGACUUGUCUAAGAGACCUUCCAUCAACCAAGGUCACAAGACCCCGGAAGGCCAGAACGAACACUGGACUAUCCACAACGACGGACACAGACGAGCAAAAGGACCACGCGACAGCCGACCAGCGUCCCGAAACGGCAGAAUCAGUGAAGCAUCAUCACAACCCGAUUCCCCCACUGCCACGCCACCAACAUCAGCUCCGGCCACAGCUUCAGAUCCAGCAGCCAACACCACCUUCCAAGAUCCACAAUUCACCGGAACGACCGAAUUCCCCGUCCCCAUCCCCCCAACCCUAUCCCGCCGCAACUCCCGCCCCACACAAUACUACUACACAGCGCAAUCGUACCUCCGGUACCAGGGCACGAAAUUCGUGACGCGGUUCGACGCAAACUGCUACAUCGCCAUCACACGUAAGCUGGACACGCACGACGUGUCGCGGAAUCGGGCGGCGUCGGUGAAAGAAGCCCUGGCGCAGAUCGAACAGCCGGCGCUCGUGCUCGGCAUCGAGUCCGACGGCCUCUUCACCAUCGCCGAGCAGGAGGAGAUUGCCGAGAACAUCCCCAACGCGCGCCUGGGCAAGAUCGACUCGCCCGAGGGCCACGACGCCUUCUUGCUGCAGUUCGAACAGGUCAAUUCUUACCUGCUCGCCUUCUUCAGAGACGUCCUGCCGGAUAUCAUGGAGAGGCCCGGCGUCGGGGGUGUCGAGGGCGUCAAUGGUGCCGCUGGAGGUGGUGCUGAUGGUGUCGGUAAAUUACUCAAGAGUAGCACGUUUGGAGAGGCCGAGGUCGGCGACUUGACUGCGUGGUGA